UAUCUCGCUCCGUGGGGUGUGCCGUACUGGUAGCACCCGUGGCAGGCACUCAUCUGCUCACCCUCUAAGACUCGGUUUUGAGGUUUCAUUCCCGUUCAUUAUAAACGCCACCUCUCCGUGGUCAUGGCUAUAGGGAAUGAUUACCCGUGCCGCUGCUAAAAAGGUGAGAGUCAUUAGGACGAGCAUGACAGAGGCAGGUGCGAGGAAGCACUGCCCGAGAGGAAGACGACUGUGGACCUCAGCAGCUCUUGAAGACACUGCCGUUACUACCAGCCAGCAGCUAUGCCCGAGAAUUACAAUGGCCCGCCCAGACCGUCGUUCCUUCAGAGGGCGUGGGGAGUUGUGUGCAGCCUCGUGGAGUACUUGAGAUGGUGCCUCGCAUGGCAGCCUCCUGAAGCAUCACUAGACGACACUACCUUUGACAAAUGCAACACGGUGGAAGCGAGGCUGUUGGUGUUGGGGGCAGCCGAUACUGGCAAAUCAACGUUCAUGAAGCAAAUGAGAUAUGUCUUCGGCGACACCUUUCCUGUCAGUGAGAGGCGAAGACACCUGCCUUACAUUCGUCAAAACCUGUUGGAGAGCGUGCACAAGCUGGUGGUGGCCAUGGAUGUACUCGGUGUUCCUUACUCUACCGCAGCUGCACAGGACGCUGCAGAAAGGUUUGUGGACAUGACGGCGCUAGAGGCGUUCUUCGGCGAUGACUCUCCGAUGGACCUGACCUUGGUGGAGGAGACACAGACGCUUUGGGAAGACGAGGGUGUACAGGAGGUGUUUCGCCGCGGUAAUGAGUACCACCUGAUGACCAACGCCGACCACUUCAUAACCAGCGCUGCCAGAAUCCUCCACUACGAUUAUCUUCCCACCAUUGACGACAUCUUACGGAUGAGGUACCCAACACAAUGCUCCGUCACUACCACCUACGAUGUGGGUGAAAUGCGAAUGACGGUGCAUGACAUGGGUGGGGAGCGGUCUGCUCGUGGAGAGUGGGUGGGGCACUUCUCACGCCCCACUGCUAUUCUCUUCCUUGCCUCCCUCGCCGAGUAUGACCAGCAAGUGGAGGAGGCCGAGCGGGAGGGUGAGGCUGCCCUCACACACACUUCGUCCUCCCUCCAUCAGAUUAAGAACAGAGUGCAGGAGAGCCUGGAUAUCUUUGACGUUGUUCUGAAGUACCCGCCCUUCCAUAACUCACCCGUCAUUCUUCUUCUCAACAAGUCAGACAUCUUCAAGAAAAAAAUCAUCUACCACUCCCUCGCACACUACUUCCCCCAGUAUGACGGCCCUGACGGAGACGAGGAUAAGGGGAGGGAGUUCCUGUCUGGGCUGUACGAAGAGCUAGCAGCCAGGCACGGUCGCCAUUACGUGUCACGCUUCACCGAAGCUACCAAUACUGAAAACUUCAAUUCCAUCUUCUCAUUCGUGAAGAACAUCGUUAGCAGAAACAUAAUAAGCAGAGGCGGUUUGCUCUAAGAUGUGAACUGUGGAAUGUGGAUGCUAAAGGUUAUCUGUCAGACUAUCACUUAUCUUAGGGCCAUAUGCCCGUCUCCCAAUAUAAAUGUUUCCUGAGUAUCUAAAUGUUGCUGCAAUUAUCAUUGUUAUUAUUAUUACUAUUAUUGAUAUUAUAUUAUUAUUAUUAUUAUUAUUAUUAUUAUUAUUAUUAUUAUUACUAUUAUUAUUUCUAUCAUUAUUAUCAU